GUUAAAUCAACCACCAGUGGUCCAUCAAAGCCCACCCCUAGUUGUAACAAGCGUAGUAAAAAAUUUCCGAGCACCUUUUAUAUUAAUUUUAAUAAAUAAGUGUGUAAAUAAAUAAAAAAAUAAUAAAAUUAAGUUAAUAAUUUAAGCCUAAAAAAAUCAAUAUUUGUUAGCGGCUCAAUUUAAUAUAAUAAAAUUUUAGGGGUGAAUCCUACUAUUUGUAAAUGCAAUGUCAGAAUACCGAGUCGUCGCUCCAAUAUGCGACUGUGAAUUAUUAUUAAAUUAUUUAAGUUUAUUAUUUAAAUUAUUUAGUGACUUGUGAAUAAUAAUUAUGAUACACGUGUCAUCACCGACAGCACAAAAGUUUGAUCGAGUUAAACGUAAGGGUGUAGCGUUUUUAUCUGGAUUAUUUAGGACCAAACGGCUGAUUGUUGGGAUGAAGAUCGACGAGGAGGACGAAAUGGAACGACCUAGAAUUGAAACACCUGCGAUAGUUUCAAACAGGAUUCCGUCGAGCUUGAGUGUUGCCGCUGUCGAUGUUGUACUCAGCCCGUCGUCAGUGAGUCAGUCUUCACCCUCGCAUUCAAUUCUCACCCUCACGCCGGGACGGACACGAAACAUUGAUCAGGAUAUGGAAGCUCUCCGUUUAAGUCGACAAGAUAAUCCAUUUCUGCAGAUUUUAGCCAGCCGUGAGAGCCUAAUAGAAUCAAUGGAAGAGUCUGAGUCAGACGAUGCAAUAUUAAUGUCCCAAGAAUUGGGUGACGCGGACCCGCUGACAUUAGCUCAAGUCCACGAGCAUCUUGUACGAAGCCCACCACCUGCCUCGUGGCCUAUGACACCCGCCUUUCCCUUCAGUCCAGUACCCGUCGAUAAUUCGUGUCCGCUAGCGAUUACACGCUACAAGACUCCAAGUCCUUCAAAGAACACUUGCUGCAAGCGAGACCGCAUUACGGAUUCAAGUACGCUAUCCAAGAGUGAGCCUUCAAAUGACCUCAGGGUUACAGACCGGCAUACGCACACAUUUUCUUUAUUAAAUCCAACUCCGAUCCGAACAUUAUCCGAAGUACGACGGCUUCACAGGUCUGCCGAUGACAAUGUUCAAUUGAUGUCAUCUGAAUAAUUAUUUUAUCAAUAAUAAAUAAUAGACUACUUUCACAACUAAGUAAUACAUACAAUAAAUACAAUUCCUUUGAAUCUCUUGUCUAAAUAACAUCAAAGAUAUUUUUAGCCAGAGCUUAAUAAUUUUUAAAUAAAUUCGAAAAUAAUUACGAAAAUUUUAUUAAAAAAUAAAAAAAACUCUGGCUAGUAAUAUCUAUGCACAAAUUUUUAGUUUAUAAAAGUAAAAAAUAAAUUUUUAAAAAUAAGAAUAUUACAAACAAUGCAAUUGAUAUACAAAUUUAUGUAUAGUCACUCGUACUCAGUACAAUUUAUUUAUAAUUUAUAUUUAUAAAGAUGAAUUUUACAGUAUUAUUUUUAUAAAUGAUACUUUUUUUUUUUUGUUUUAAAUCAGUCGCACAUAAUUAGUAGCUCAAUAAUUGUUUUAACGAAACAUGAGUCGAUUAUCCAGGCCUAGUUAUUUAAUUAUUUUAGUUUGUUAAAGAUUUAUAAAUAAAUUUAUAUAUUAUUAAAUGUAUAUUGUCUAAUUAUAACGGUGCUAAUUGUGCAGAUAUUAAUUUUAUUGAAAGAAAAUCUAUGGUAAAUAAUUAAUAAUUAUUUAAUAGUUUAAGUUAAAUACUCAACUCUAAACUCCAUCUACUUGUCUAAUAGUUGAUUAUUUGUAGUUAUUAUAUAUAAAUUUAAAUGACGAAAGAUUAUUUAAUGAGUCUCGUUAAUGCGAGAGUAUUAGUGGAAUUUAUAUAAGUGAUUUAGAGUACUUUAUUAUAUUAUUAAAAAAAAAUCUAUUAAAUUUUUAAUAACCCAAGUGACUUGGCCUUUAAGAAUUGAAAUUUAUUCAUCACUUGUAUUACGUUAUUAUUUACAAAUUAAAUAUUAUUAAUAAUAAUAUGUAUAUAAAUUGUAUUCAAAUUUCAAAAUAUUAAACAUUAUUUAUUAUUAUGAGAUUACCGGGUAUUAAGUGCGGAUUACAUAUAUAUAUUUAUAUAUAAAUCCUGCGAAAAAAAAAAAUUCGUCUUUAGAUCGUUAAACGCUGGUAUUAUUUCAAUAUUUGUUAGAAAAUUAAUAAAGAGUUGACAAAUAA